AAUGGGGUGAUAUAUUCAUCAUGAUGAUGGAUGGAUGGAUGGCUGGGGGGGUGGUUGAGUACGGGAUAGCACUCACCCUGGUCGGUCUGUGGUCGUCAGAGUACUACUAAUUACUGGCAGCAGUGAUGGUUUGGGGGGAGAAUGAGAGGGAAGUUGGGAGUUGGAAGAUGGCAGGUGGCCGUUGGGAGUCCCCCCUCACGUGUUGGGGCUAGCCCGCGACCAGCUGCAGUGCCAUCACAUCCUCAUCCCAUCACGGCGCUUAAGCACAUUCUUUUCUCUCUUCACCCUCCUCCUCCCUCCUUUCUCCUCCUCUCUCGACUCCCCCUACCCAGUGGGUUUGCCGUUUUCCUGGGUUCUCCUCACUUAGGACGAAGGGAACUCGAGGAUCUAGAGAUCAAUCACCAAUCCAGGACCACCUUAGUUACAGGGGUCUCGAUUUGUAGCCGGGAAAGACGGGGGUCGUCGGUGAUCUUUGCCAGCAGCACGGAGUCCAGCUCGAAGUUCAGGGUCAACAACCUGUUCCGAUGCCAUGUACAUGUGAAGUGCUCCUUUAUCCUUGCCCAGUUAGCUGGCAACAUUCUAAGCUUUCAUCUUAGCUAUGCUCUCCUCUGUGGCACCCCCGAUAUGUCAAGUAUUCGAGGCACCUUUGGGGGAAAUGAAACGUCGAUCUGGUCUACAACAGAUGCGGACGAUCAAAGCCAGGUGGAUCGUAGAUACCGAUACAGGAUAGAUAGCUAGAGAUGUACCGAUCUUGCCCUGAACCCAAACACUAAUGAGGAGCUGCACCUCCUAUCACGGCCGAGGGUUUAGAUCUUGUUAUACCAAGGGUGGUUGUAGCCUCGAAGAUGCGCGAAUAGCCCUAAGCUCCAGGUAUACAUAUG